CGGAAGUUGUUUGGGUUUCAGGUGGAAAAAAAAAAAAAGGAAGAAAGAAAGAAAGCAGCAAACACAGAAAGAGGAGAGAGAAGAAGAAGAAGAAAAAAAAAAGAUCCAAGGGAUGCUGCCGUCGCUGGGGAAAACAAACAGCCAGGCAGACGACUAAAGAGAAGAGCACCGAUCAGGCCGCCAGUUGCUGCGGGUGAAUGCCGUUUGUCGUGUGGUCGGGUGCCAUAGCAACGGCUGGUGAGAAACAUACAGCCCAGGUCGGUUUGACGCGCUCGGUGUUGGAUGACAGCUGCGUUCAUGCGGACAAUCCGCUCAGUCGCAACUCCUGCCGCCGCCGCCGCCGCCGCGUCUCGCCGCUGUCUGGAGCCGAUCGGAGCAACAGAAAAAAACAAAAAAAAAAACAAAACAAAAAAAGAAAUCCGCCGAGAGGGCUUUACAACAAGUAGCUGCGGAUUCGUCGAGAGCGACAGAGGCAUGCCACUCAUCUGGAGACACGCAUGAUUCAGUACACGCUCGACAGCCCGAGGGCCGGGAAGGACUGUAAAGCGAGGGUCGGCGCCGACGCGCGUCCCCCCGCUCUUUAUUUCUCUCCUUCUGUCUCACGUUCAGCCGCCGUGGCCCCGGUGCGGCUGGCGCGUCUCCCGGCGGCAUCAGCGCCUGUUGCUCCCCAUGCGCGGCCAAUGCCAGGAUAUUAAUUCUCCCUGAGAUGAGCCGUCUCCGCCUCCCUCCCCCUUCGCUCUCCAAAGUCCAUGUCCACUGUUGUCAUCCAUUCCAGCAGCGAGAGGUGCAGCCGCCUUGUACGUCUUGGUCUUUUUUCCCCCCCGUUCCCUUAACGCGAACAGCUCUGUCUGCUCUCAGUGAAAAAUAAACAUGUUGGCGGCUGUGUCUAAAGACAACGCAUCUGGUGAGAGAAUGAAUGCUGAUGAAUGUAAUGGACGCUCAUAUCCACAAGGUAAUGGAGGCGAUUCAUUGGCAGAACAGGAUUUUUAUGCUGGGUUGCGGGCCACUUCUGCAAGAUCUCCUAACAGCCAGCAGUCCUCGCCACACCGCUCCCUAAGUGACUCCAUUAAGGUUGAGCUGUGCAGCGAUGAAGAGUCUUCAGGUGCCCGACAGUCUGAGAACAAAGACGCCGUGAGGAGCGACGGUGGGAGAGAUGACAAAGUGGGCCCUGCCGAGGAAGGAGGCGCCGCGUUUGCCGGACCGGGAGGAGACGCGGGAAACAUUUACAAUGAGAUGGCCACUCCUAACUCUGCCUCGCCCGGCCCUAUCCGGCUGCCCAACGGGAAGCUGCAGUGUGAGGUGUGCGGGAUGGUCUGCAUCGGACCCAACGUGCUGAUGGUCCACAAGCGCAGCCACACAGGUGAGCGUCCGUUUCAGUGCAACCAGUGCGGGGCCUCCUUCACCCAGAAGGGCAACCUGCUGCGCCACAUCAAACUUCAUUCAGGAGAAAAGCCUUUCAAGUGUCCCGUUUGCAACUAUGCCUGCCGUCGGAGAGACGCUCUCGCCGGUCAUCUGCGCACUCACGCAGUUUCUUCUCCGACGGUGGGAAAGCCUUUCAAGUGCAGCUACUGCAGUCGCAGCUAUAAGCAACAGAGCACACUGGAGGAACAUCUGGAGCGCUGCCAUAGUUACAUGAAGACUCUGGACUCUGCACAGAUGCCACCGGGCGAAGAGUCGGUGAAUCUGGAGGCCAUCAAUAAACCUGCGCUGCAGCCGUCCAACGAGAAAAGGCCGUUUGUGGACAGACUGACUGUCAGCAUAACCAAACGCAAGAGGUCGACGCCACAGAAGUUUUUGGGAGAGAAGCACAUGCACCUUGAACCACCAGAAGCACCUUACGAACUGUCCUCUGGCUCUGAAAAGGAAGGGGAUCUCCUGAGCUCCCAUUCUGCCGGAGACCCGUCCGGUCUGGUCAGCUCUCACCUCCACUUUGCGAGAGGCAAAGCCGAGAACCACGAGCCGCCCUCGCUGCCUCAGCUCCACGCCGGCUUCAUGACGGACCUGCGGACCGCUGUGGGUGCUCUCAACAGCGGCGCGGCUCCUCAGGGCCCCCGGGCCCACAGCGGAGUCGGGCUCGCGGCGAUUCCGCUGGGCCUCCUCGGGCGGGACGCCGGCGAAGGCCGUGACGAGCAUCCCUCGGCCCACAGCCACACCGCCUCGCCCAACGGCUGCCCCGACUCCACGGACACAGAGAGCACGGCGGAGGAGCAGAGCACAAGGGCUACGGCCCCUACGAGUACCUCCAACAACCAUCACCUCCACUACCUGACCCCAGCACUGCCCCGCGCCCAUCCCACCGCCAGCCCCAGCCAGGCCAAAGACUCGGACGCAGAGUGGGACAGAGGGGGUCCGGCGCCUCCGGGCGUCGUAAAAAGGAACCCGGGCUCGCCUCGCUCGUCCAGAAACAGUUGGCAGGUGUUAGACAGGGCCGGCAGGCCCGUGCGCUCCUUCUACUGCCGGCACUGCUGCAUCCUCUUCCUCGACCACGUCAUGUACACCAUCCACAUGGGCUGCCACGGCUUCCGCCAGCCGUUCGAGUGCAACAUCUGCGGCCACCCCAGCCAGGACCGCUACGAGUUCUCCUCUCACAUCAGCCGCGGAGAGCACCAGCCUCGCUGCGACGAAACACAACAGUGAUGUUAACCGACCAUCUGAUUUUUACGAGGUGUGUUUUCACUGGAGCCGGCCUUCUGCACCUUGGUUUGGGGACCGGGUGAGGGUGAGCCGUCAGCUCGCCUUUUCCACGGUCCCUUCGUGGGUUUUGCACUCAGCAGCCGCAGCUGGGAUUUUAAGCAGGUUCCACGAUGUAAGGGAUUUCAGAGAUUAUUUAAAAGAGGAAUUAUUAGCAAAUCAGUUUGGAUCUCUUCUGUUAUUAUCUCACUUGUGACUAUCUACUUUUAGUGUUGUUUGUUUCUGCCUUGGUGUAUUUAAUCAGCUAUAUUCCAAAUCUUAUCCAGCAUAUUCCUCAAAGUCCAUGAAAUGUUACCUCCUGCUUCUUUAUAGCACCCAAAUACCUUAUUGCUACAAGUGUGGUGAAUGAUUUGAUGAUGUUAACAUCGGGAACAUGAAUGAAACCAAACUCAGUAUUCUUACUUAUUAUCGUUGGUUUGCUGCUUUAUAGUUUAACUCGAGUUUCUUUUACUAGCAAGCAAAAUGUACUUGACAACAGUUUAAUAUAUA